UAAAUCCUUAAAGAAGAAGAAAACUAGUGUCGAUUCAAGAAUAAAUAGCAUAUUUACUGAAUAUAUUGUUUAUUUUGUGUGGCGUUGUGUUGAGUUUUUACUUUGAACGGUUUUUUAACGUUGUGUGGGACCAAACUCAUGGGCGCCGCCAUCUUGGAUUUUUAUUUAUUUAUUUAUUUAUUUUAUUUUUUAAGCGAUAAUCGUCAGUAGUCUGUGUAUUUUGUUGUCACUUCCAGUUCGCACACUGUUGGGUCGGUCAGCUUGAAACUCCUGCCAUCACUAGGUGGGAAUCCUGUCUCAUGUUGACUGUUUUUCCAAUAAAAUCGGCUGAACACUUUGGUGUCUAGGGCCUGUCAAAGAUCGGAUCACUGCCGAAAAUUUUCCACUGUAGGCUAACUGUCAUAUUACCAGUAUGGCUCAUUCUGUGCCAACGAACGGAGAAGUCCUUGAAAAUCUCCAGAAGUUUGGGCUCAGUGACGCCAUCUCCUGGCUAAUGGAUAUAUGGGUGGUGGAUGAAAGGGUGCAGAAAACUCCUCAGAGUGUUUCCAGUGCAGUGAAACAGGUGAAAAACAAAUGCUCUCUGCUAAAAAAAAAUAAAAGGCCAGGGGGGCAGGAAGCUCUCGAGGCAUUUUGUAAGACGCCGUUCAAAUUCCCAAUUCCACGAACAACAAAACGAUCCACUCCAGCUCCAAGAGAUCGACUUGAUCCUGUUGUUCUAAUGGAUCUUUGUAAAGAGUUGCAAAAAAAGACAGAGGUUCUCACAGAGGAGCGUGAGGGGCUGUCUGAAGAAAUUGCCAGACUUCAAGAGAAGUUAAGUCAACUCCAGGUUACCCUCAAAGAAAAAUGUAGACUGUUAAGGAAUGCGACUGAUCGAGAGUAUUACCACAGGCGUAAAAUAAGGUGCCUUGAACAAACCUUACAGGCCGAGUCUGAUGAUGAUGUAGAUGAAGAAGAGUUGCGAGAAGAAGAGUCAGCCAUUGAAUCAGACAUUGAUCAUGUUAUACAGAAAUUAGAUGGAUAUAAGACAGUCUAUGAAGAAAACCUAGAACUGAAAGAAGAACUGAAAUAUAUGAAGGAGUCAUUUGCUGCAUCAAAGAUAUUGGAAACCUACAACUCAGAGACUUCAUCUUUUACUCCAGCUUUCAGAGAACUUGUCGACAAACUUCUUAGUCUUCACAUAUCCUCUACAAAUAUUUCAUCCACCAUCAAUGCUGUUCUUGAGUUUGCUGGUUUGAGAUGUGAAAGAUUGCCUGCAAGAGCUACUGUCAGUGAGUGGAAUGUAGAGCGACUAGCAAUGGCUCAGAUACAGCUGGCAGAAGAACUACCCAGUCAGAGCGAUACAACCCUAUACAGUGAUGUAACCACCAAAUUUGGUCAGCGAUACAUGGGUUAUCAUCUUUCUGGUGCAGAUGGUCGUUUCUGGGUUCUUGGCUUACGAGACAUCCCUUCCAAAUCUUCUGUAGAUUGCCUGUCAACAUUUAAAGAAAUCCUUGGUGACCUAGAUGAUUGCGUAGCCUCUAACCAGGCUGGUAAAGACAUUUUGUUGAGGAUUCGUUCUACUAUGUCUGAUCGAGCAGCCACAGAAUCAAAGUUUGUCGAGCUCCUUGAGUUGUAUCGUAGGGAAGUUUUAGCCACUGUUCUCGAGGGCUGUGAUGACUUGAGUGAAGAUGCCAAGACAGCCACUGCCAAGCUCCAUAUGUUUUUCUGUGGUCUUCAUUCCUUGAUCCAGUAUGCUGAGACAUCCAUUGCAGCAAUUGCAGAGUGUGAAAAAGCUGAGAACGUCCCUUCUCUGUGCUCUGACUGCAUCAUCAAAGCUGGAGAACCAGGCACCCUCCAUCUACUUCGCACAGCAGCCAAAGCAUUUGCCCGAGGUGGAGAUGAUCAGUCAGGAAAGUAUUUUGAGUUUAAUGAUUUCUGUGUGGACUUCUUCACAGAGCACAACGUUAAAACAAUGCCUUUGAAACUCUUCAGAGGAAAUCGUUUUAACUCGGUCUUCUAUGAGGCAGAGUAUGUGUUCUUCCUCCAUGAGAAGAUGCUGGAAUUCUUGCACCAGUGCCCUGAGAAGAACCAGCUGCUCUGUGCUGUUUUGGCAGACCUCUCAGUACCAUCUUUCAUUGCUGGUCUUAAAGCACUGGGUCUCUUAAGCAAGCUGGUGAUUGGUCCUUUAUGGAGACUGCUUGAAGAUAGCCAAGUACAUAUUCUGGACAUGAACCAGCACUAUACACAGCUUUACAACUUCCUACUGAGUGCCUCUGAGUGUGUAGGUGAUUUCAUGUUGGGUGACUUUUCUCCAUUCCCUGACCUGGUGAAAAAAGAUUGUUACCUGAGAUCACUGGUUGAACCUUGUGCAGAGUAUGAUGAAAUGGUUGCCAGCAGACUCUGUGUUAUCUUUCCGGCGUUGGCCAUGGUGAUCGGCAAGCAAUGCCAAGAACAUCUUCCAGGUGGGCAGUAUAGCCUGAGUGAUGGUUCUGAUGUAAGGAAGCAGUUCGCUGGUGUUGGUAAGCACAGUAAAUUUUCAGAAAGUGCCUUUGCUUACAUGGACAACCUACUGCGGUACAAACCUCACAUUGGCACCCUGGGGAGUGAGUCGUACAUCAUGUUUGCUUUGAACAAGACAGCAGAUUGGCUGGCAGCAAAGUCAGAGAAGGAAAAGUGUACACUGAUCAAAGCAGCCAUGAAGAUGACAUCCACAUUGAAACAGCAGUACGCUGAACGUUGCAAGAUGGUAAGCCAGAAGAGGAGGGAGCAGCAACAACUUAAGUGGGAAGCAGAACAAAAACGGAAGGCUGCUGUGCUGAAGGCUAAGGAAGAACUCACUAAUGACAUCAUCCACUAUGGUCUAUGGCGGUCUCCAGGUGAUGUGGACAGGGCUUUAGAUGACCUACCCACAAAGAAAGAGAAGAUAGCAGCUUUGAAGGUGCAGCUUAAAUUCCGCCAGCAGGUGCUCCAGCAGCAGUCUCCAGACAAGUCAGUCUAUGCCUUCAGCGGUGCAGGAAAGCCACAUUCCGUAGAGAAAUUAGCAGCCAAUCUGAAGACUUUAGAUUUAGGAUUUCAAAGUGCAUUCAGUGUUGAGCCACAGGGGGAUCUUAGUGAAGGCAGAGAGGAUGGAAACCCGGCACUGAGGCUUUGAUAGCAGAGGCGGGGAUGGAGCACCUGAAUAAGAAGGUUGAAGUCAACACUCUAGUCACUGUGUUUAAGGCAGUCUGGAAAAGGGCUCCACCCUAUAUGUCGGCCAUGUUUAAAUGGAAGUCACCGCCUGUUAUAAAGGUUCAUACCCCAACUGCUGUCAAGCUGCUCUUGGACUGGGAUCCCAAUCAGCUUAGCUCUCCUCCGGUGACUGUCAAGUCAUUUAAAGGCAGUCUACAUGGACAUGGAAUGAACUACCAUUAGAAGGGAGACAAGUACUAGGCCAGAAGACAUUUAACAAUGGACUUUAAAGUAGCAGUAUGUAGCAUUUGAUAUUUGAAUAGACUGUAGAUUUAGUUUUGUUUGUAAUGUCGCUGGUUUUAUUUCUGUGUGUUCCUUGUGUUUAAAUGUUUUAAAAUGUUACACCACAGGAACCUGAAAAACACCAGAUCAAGGACCUGAGUGUGUACUGCUGGUCAAACAAAUAAACUUAAAACUUGGUUGGACAGAGAGCACACUGCAUUCUCAGGAAAAGUUAUCUCACAAGUGCCAGGAUUUCCCCCUGUGGUACAAUAGCAAGUACAAUGGUGACGACGCCAUCUACA